AUGUCUUUGAAAUCAACGGGUGGCAGUAAUUCCGGCCACACGGUGGUGGUUGACGGCAAGAAUUUCGACUUCCACCUGCUACCCAGCGGCAUCAUUCACGAGAGAUGUAUAUCUAUUAUUGGAAACGGUGUCGUCAUCCACCUGCCGAGUUUGUUCGAAGAACUGGCCAAGAAUGAAGAGAAAGGGCUAAAAAGCUGGGAGAAACGACUGAUCAUCUCCAACCGUGCUCACCUGGUGCUGGACAUGCACCAGCAGGUGGAUGCUCUGCAGGAAGCGGAAAAGGGUGGAAAGUCACUCGGCACAACGAAAAAGGGGAUCGGCCCGUGCCACUCCGACAAAUCAAUGGGCAACGGGAUCCGUUUGUCAGAUCUGCUUGGCGACUUUAAAGUGUUCAGCAAAAAGUACGUAUUCGACAGAUCAGCCAAUGGGAUAUCGUCAUAA